CCUGUAUAUGAGUAUAUACCAUAAUAAAGAUCACCAACAUCUAUGGCGCAGUUAAGUAUUCGUAAUAAGUGUUCUGGGUUGCGACUAUGUAACACAGUAAAUAGUGUUCCACGUAUUCACCUACUGGUCAUCUUCCACUGCCACGGAGAUUUUUCGUUUCUAAAGCUCAACACCUCGCAAGAUCGAGAUUCUUUGUAGAAAUGUCUAAAAUUAUACCUUUAUCUUAUUUUAUCUUAACUUUUCUUGCUUCAACAAUGACGUCCAAAGGUGAAUCCUCAAGCUCGCGCGUAAAUAAUCGUUCCACACGAUAUCAAGAGCAUGCUCAUUUUAUGAGAGCGCACGAAGUAGACAGCCUGACCAAAGUGGCGAUCCUUUGCCUUGCAUCGAUUUCAAUAUUGUCUUCUCUUGUCAGUAACAUCAUCAUCAUCCACAGUGUUCGAGUCAACCGACACAUGCACACAACAACYAACUACUUUAUAGUCAACAUGGCKUGUGCAGACAUCCUUCUUGUUCUGACUAAUGGACCGUUUACAAUAAAAUUCACMAUCAGUUGGUUCGCCUGGUUUCCUGGAUAUCUAGGACGGAUCACAUGCAUUGGGUAUUCGGUAUUGGCAUUGGGUAUUGGCAUUUGCUCAGCAUUUAGUCUUGUGGUGAUAUCGUUUGACAGAUUGAUGGCAGUGAGUCGUCCUCUCAAGUACAAAAGUCACCGUCCAUCGACCAAAUACAUUAUAAUGCUAACAUGGUUAGUCUCACUUGGCUUAGCAUCAACAUCGAUAGGUUCACCAGACUUGGUUACUCUUUCAAAUGAAACCAAAGCGUAUUGYCUCCCCACGAAUGUAUCAAUAAGUACAAGUGCUACAUUUCUAAGUCUUYUGGUUCCACUUGCUUUCGUAAUCAUACUCUGCUUUGCCAUUGGAUACAAAAUGUGGAAGAGAAAAGUYCCCGGAGAAGGUGGACAACAGGCCGCUUAUAGAACAUCUAAGAAAGUAACAUACAUGGUCAUAUCAGUUGUUUUGGCUUUYAUUAUAGCGUGGCUUCCAGCAAUUAUCAGUAGUGCUAUAUUCAAAGAAAACCACACAUUGUUUGUUUUUGGGAUUUUAUGGCCCAUUUCAUACUCAUUUAUCUACCUUAACGGCUCAUUUAACUUUGCUAUCUACUAUAUCUUUAGCGARAACUAUCGUAAUGCAUUCAGGGRGUUGUUUAGCAGUUUUUUGUCAUUUUGUCCUCGUCGAGCACCURCUGUCACCAUUGGUGAGACAGCGCCACCAGUGGUAGGGGAAGUGACUAUGGUUUCUUUAAGACCAAGAUAAUAUUGAUUACUUUUCAUAAUGAACAGGCAGGCAGGUAUAAAUGUUGUCAGGUAUUUCUAUUCAUUGUUCCGAGAUAAAGUACAUAAUGUUUCUAAGACUUUUGAUAUGCAUGUUAAGAAAAAAAACAACUAGAAUUUUGUAAUAUAUGUCUUAAUGUAGAAUUGUAUAGAGAUGUAUGGUAAAAUCUGGAAAUAAUACCUGGGCAUGCAUGAACAACUUAAUGGCACAAAACCUAAGAACUGUCAGGAGUGCAGUCUGAUGUAUUCAAAGUCGAAACAGUUGGUUAUCAGAAAUUAUUAUCUAUUAAGCAGAUGGCAUCAGGACCAAUCAAUUGUAAUUAACAUUUCAGAAAUUAAAAAAUUGUGUGCUGCUAUAUAAAGGAGUAUAUCUUGAUAAAAGAUUGAUGUGCCGUAAUUGAACGUAUUUGUAUAGGAAGGCCGAAGUGCCGAAACGUCCAAUAAACAGAGUUAUUAAAGCUUCAA